GUUUAAAAAAACGUGAGCCAAGCUAGCUCGUCAAAAGAUUGAAUUCAAUGAUAAGAACAUUUAGUCUAAAUACAUUAUACGUAUAUUGUCACGAGGAUGCCACGGACUUCCACAGACAACACACGGACUCCACUCACUCCCCGAGACGAGUUCACGUUCGACCGGUUCGACCCUUGUUCGUUGAAACAGUUCGGCUAGCUCGCGUCUAAUGGCUAUUUAACCGCAGUGCGCAUGCGCACGCGGUAUGUUUCGUCUGCUCCGCUACCCGGUUACAGUUUGCAUCUUCUCUUUCAUCUGGCCGCCGUCGGUGGUUAAACCCGACGUCUAGUUUAGUGUUAGCAAACCCGGGAGAGUGCGCGAGGUUGUUUUGCUUCUUCUUCUGAUGAAGCCAUCAGCGGCAGUGUCGUGAACAUCAAGAGGUCUCCUUUCUUCGUGAGAUUAAAUGGUAAAAUGUGUUUUCACCCAAAGUUCAAGGGUGACCACAUGUGAAGAGUGACACGUGAAGGUAAGGUGUUCGUUUGUUACGCGUUGGAUGUCGAUGUGUAACAAUGCAGUCACGUGGUGUGUCGACGAGGAUCUGUGAAUGAAGAUUGUUAUACCAACACUUAAAAUAAACUGGAACGGGCACUCGGUAGAGCGCAUACCUUCGCAUAUCACAAGAUUGGGCAUUGAAUUAUGAACAUUUUGGCAUUAGUUGCAUGCCAAUUGGAUAAAAAUUGACCGUGCUAUGGUAAAAAGAAGAUUUUGACCUUUUCAUCACCUUGACCUUUGACCCGAUCGAUCCCAAAAUCUAAUCAAAUGGUCCCCGGAUAAUAACCAAUCAUCCCACCAAAUUUCAUGCGAUUCGGUUUAAUACUUUUUGAGUUAUGCGAGUAACACGCAUACAAAUAAAUAAAUAAAUACACGGCGAUCAAAACGUAACCCUCCGCAUUUUCAAUGCGACGGUAACGAGGUCGAGGACCCGUCACACAUUCUGGACCGUUUUCUAUUCGCAGGAACUUUCUGGUUUCCACCAUGGGAAACACACCGUCGAAGAGCGGCAGCGGAGAGGAACCGGUGAAGACGACUUUGUUUGAGAGGGAGCGGAGCGGCGUCACGUACAGGAUCCCCGCGCUGCUCUACCUGAGGCACAGUCGCACCUUCCUCGCCUUCGCGGAGAGGAGAACCUCCCCCGCCGACAGCGACGCCACGUUGCUCGUCAUGAGAAGCGGAACGUUGAAAGACGACGGAUCCGUGGAGUGGUCGUCCAGCCGGGAGCUGUCGACCGCGUGUCUGCCGGACCACCGCACCAUGAGCCCGUGCCCCGUGUACGAAAAAACCAGCAACACCCUCUUUCUGUUCUUCGUGUGCGUCCUGGGGACCGUGACGGAGCGCCGGCAGAUCGUCACGGGGAAGAACGCGACGCGCCUGUGCUGCGUCAGCAGCGCCGACGACGGGCGGACCUGGGGCCCGGCGAGGGACCUGACGGCGAGCGCCAUCGGCGACGCCAUCCAGAAGUGGGCCACGUUCGCCGUGGGGCCCGGCCACGGCGUGCAGCUGGAGAACGGCCGGCUGGUCAUCCCGGCGUACGCCUACUACGUCCCCUACCGGUGCUGCUUCGUCCCCGUGCCGCGCACCGUCUCCCCGCACGCGCUCUCCGUCUACAGCGAGGACCUGGGCCGCACGUGGCACGUCGGCAAGAUGCUCCGCAAGAAGUCCGGCGAGUGCGAAAUGGCGGAGAUCAUCGACCACGAGGGCCGGAGCCACCUGUACUGCAACGCCCGCAACGCCGGGGGCCACCGGCGCGAGGCCCUCAGCGAGAACAGCGGCGGGCACUUCGACAAGCCGCACGUGGCGCCGGAGCUCGUGGAGACCGGGUCGGGCUGCCAGGGCAGCGUCGUCGGCUUCCCGGCGCCGGAGUUCGUGCCCAACGACGACGCCGAGAGCAAAGCGUGCGGCACGUCGCUCCUGUCCCCCGACACGCAGACGUGGCUCCUCUUCAUGCACCCGACCGGCCGGCGCCGGAGGAAGGACAUGGGCGUGUACCUGAACCGGUCGCCCCUGCACUCGUCGGGCUGGGACCGGCCCCGGGUCGUGCACCGCGGGCCCAGCGGCUACUCGGACCUGGCCUACAACGGGGACAAGGACCAGUUCUCCUGCCUGAUGGAGUGCGGCAAGCGGAGCGAACUGGAGCAGAUCGCGUUCCUGUCGUUCACGCUGAACGACGUCAUGCAGACGGGCGGCAAGAAGGACAAGAAGACGCGCUGACGGGCGGCCGGCGUUCACGAAGCGCUCGUCAACGUUCUCCUGCAACCUGAAAAGAAACGGAAAAAAAACAAAGAAAAAAGCCUCUAAAUAUGCCGUGCGGUGACAUCCGUCUGUGUUUCCUGUCGUUCGCCGCGUGGAGACGGCGAUGCCUGCGUGAGUCGUGUGUUUUGUUGUCUCCUUGUUUACAUGAAGAAGAAAAAAAAGAAGUAAUUCAAGUCUUUUAAUCGUAUUAAUAUGCAAGCUGUAAGGAAGGGGACUCGUAUUCAUAGGUUGGAUGGUGGCAGAUUUUAAAGCAUGCUGUGCCAGACUGUCUUUUUACCAGAGGCUUUGUGUGUGUCGCAUGUUUGACAAGUACUUCACGACCAUCUCCGCAUCUUAUCAAACCGGCCGCACAUCCCGAGGAGUGGAGUGAAUUUGCCUACCUCUUUUUAUUUUCAUAUGGAAAUCAUAGCAGGCCUUUUAAAGGAGAGGCUCGAGUUUCCUCCCUGCUCCUUUUUAUGUGUUCCUUUUACAUUUCAUAUAUAUAUAUAUGUGUAAUUUAUAUAUAUAUAAUAUAUUUAUAUAUAUUAUAUUUAUAUAUAUAUAUACAUAAUAUUAAUAUAUAAAUAUAUUAUAUAUAUACAGGACUGUCUCAGAAAAUUAGAAUAUUGUGAUGAAGUUCUUUAUUUUCUGUAAUGCAAUUAAAAAAACAAAAAUGUCAUGCAUUCUGGAUUCAUUACAAAUCAACUGAAAUAUUGCAAGCCUUUUAUUCUGAUUUAUUGCUGAUUAUGGCUUACAGCUUAAGAAAACUCAAAUAUCCUAUCUCUAAAUAUUAGAAUAUCAUGAAAAAGUAUACUAGUAGGGUAUUAAACAAAUCACUUGAAUUGUCUAAUUAACUCGAAACACCUGCAAGGGUUUCCUGAGCCUUGACAAACACUCAGCUGUUAUAAAUCUUUUUUUUACUUGGUCUGAGGAAAUAUUAAAAUUUUAUGAGAUAGGAUUUUAGAGUUUUCUUAAGCUGUAAACCAUAAUCAGCAAUAUUAAAAGAAUAAAAGGCUUGCAAUAUUUCAGUUGAUUUGUAAUGAAUCCAGAAUGCAUGACAUUUUUGUUUUUUUAAUUGCAUUACAGAAAAUAAAGAACUUUAUCACAAUAUUCUAAUUUUCUGAGACAGUCCUGUAUAUAUACCCUGAUUCACGUAUGCCUUCUCGCCUGCCAGUGCACCAUCUCUUUCUUCUGAAGGUCACAGUGGGGCGCCCUCAAGGUCGGCAUCAGAACCGGACAGACGAGAAUAAACAUUAACUUUUUAGAUAAACUUUUACGUUUUACUUUUGCCACAUCUGGCGAAUCGACCAAGAGACCAACCAAGACUGUCCCACGAGUUUAGAGUUGGUGGUUUACACUUUGUACUGUGCACAAAUUGUUAUUACAUUCACAUUUUGAAAAAGCAAUAUCACAUAUUAUUCGAUUAUUUAUCUACGGUGCACUUCAGCAUGCUUUUCACUACAGGCUCCCCCCCCAUCCCCUUUUGACACAAUUCAUUGAAUCCAACACGAUGACCAGGUUUGAGUGGCUGUUGGUUAUCAAGUGAACGCAUGAAACCGCAGAAGAAGAACUCACUCGUUUAUACACACACACACACACACACACACGCUUCUACUGAGCAACGGUAACGUCCAUCCUCUGCCCCGUGCUGUGGGGCCUCCGCCUGGUCCCCCGCUGUCGUUUCAUUGUGUGUGUUUAUUUGUGUUGACUGUUGUGGAAAGUGACAAAAAACCUGCAUGAAACGUGUAUUUUAGUCGAAAAUAAAAGUCACAUGUUAUCACUAGA